GACCACUCUCUUCUCCUAUUGGUUGAAAGAGGAAAUCACGCCCACACCGCGGCUGUCCUCUCCGCCUCCUACUGGACGUCGGACCGCCCACCGGAGCGAGGACAAAAACAAUCGGCAUCCCUCACACAGAGCAACAUAAACAGGGGGGGACCUAAACCGAGUUUUUAUAUUAUACAGCGUUAUCAAGAGACUCGGACACCAGCGAGGGAGACAUGGUUUCCCCGGUAACAGUUGUCAAGAGCGAAGGCCCCAAGUUGGUGCCAUUCUUCAAAGCGACGUGUGUAUACUUUGUCCUGUGGCUUCCCACGUCAAGCCCAUCCUGGUUCAGCGCUCUGAUCAAAUGUCUGCCCAUCUUCUGUCUGUGGGUGUUUUUACUGGCACACGGCUUCAGCUUCCUAGGUGCUCACUCCAGUGCCCGCAAGAUCUUAGCUGGCCUCAUCUUUUCUGCUCUCGGUGAUGCGUUUCUCAUCUGGCAGGAGCAGGGCUACUUCGUCCACGGCCUUCUGAUGUUUGCCAUCACCCACAUCCUCUACUCCUCUGCCUUUGGGAUGAAGCCCCUUAACGUGUCUGCUGGUCUGAUAAUCACUGUUGUGUCCUCUCUGAGCUACAUGAUGCUGUACCCCUACCUGUCCGGCCCAUUCACUUACCUGGUGGCCGUCUACAUCGCUCUGAUCGGCUUCAUGGGCUGGAGGGCCGUGGCAGGCCUGCAGCUUGCCAACGACCUCUGGACCUGGACCAAGCUGUCCGCCUGCUUGGGUGCCGUGCUCUUCAUGGUCUCUGACCUCACCAUCGCCGUAAACAAGUUCUGCUUCCCUGUGCCCCAUUCACGUGCCAUCAUCAUGGCCACCUACUACGCGGCCCAGAUGCUGAUAGCGCUAUCGGCCGUCGAGUGCCAGGACGCGGAGGUGGCUAGGAAGAGAAUAUGAGGUACGGUGAUGUCUGCAGCAAAGGUGCCAGCCACCCCUGUGAUUAUGGACACAUCUCACUGCCAGAUCCCCAAACCUCAACCCUCAUCUCAGUGUGGCGCUCCCACACCGUUGUUACCAUAACGACGGGUCCACUACAGUGGACCACCCUACUACCCCACUAAUAUGGUAGUCUCAUGCCUGUCUUCUUACCAUGAAGAUAUGGUAGUAUUAUCGUCAUCCUUUCCCGACAACAGCCCUACCUGCCUCCUCUGAUCCUAGAAUGGCUGUCUCUUAACCUAGUUACCAUGGAGACAAGUCUAGUAAUAUUAACCUGCUAUAUAUAGAGAGAGAGUAUUACUUUACUUUUAACUGUUUUAAUUUAGGGGAGAAUGUCACUGGGGACCUUCAAGGAGUGUGUGUGGGAGAGCGAUUGUGUGUGUGUGAAUUUAUGUGUGUGUUUGAUUAACACUCUUACCUCGCUUUCCACACAGUCACCACACUGACUCCUACCCAAUAAUACAACGGUCCAAUAAUACAACUUAACAUCUUAUUUUUUUGUUGAUUAUUUUUUGUUUAAAAGGGAGUGUUUUGUUGUUGUUUUUACUGAUUUGCCCAUUUUCACUCUCCAUUGCUCUGUGUUCUCCUGAAUUAAGGGUGCUAUUCUUAAAGUCAGGAGCAUAUCCACACCUGUUUUAAGUCCCAUCCAUUUCAUUUCAUAACCACCACACUGCCUUUGUUCACUCUGCUAUUUAACAUCCUCAACAAAUCCCCCACCCUGUCUCUUCAGAUGAAUGAAUUAUGUUGUCCUUGAAUAACUAGAUGUACAGAGAAAGAACGACAGAGACAGACACCAAAAAUAAGGCAUGGCAAGGUGGAAAGGCACAGAGGGUUGGAGUUGCGUGACUGCAACAACCGCAGUGUAUUGUAGUUUUAGUGAUUGAACCCUAUGGGAGAGUGUUCGGAAAGAGGAGGUUGUUUGUGGAAGCUCGAUCCUUCCUGCUGAGAUUUUAUUGGCACUCUCCUGCUGUCACAAAGAGAACGCAGUAAACAUUGUAGUCACAGCAGACAACUGCACACAUUAUAACAUGCUGUACGGUGCGGCUGCCUCUCUUUUAGUGUUAAGUCUUUGCAGGUGUUUUUACAGUGUUUUUGCCUGCCAGUUUUUCAGAAAUGCAAGUUUCAACCGUUGAAAUGCUCACACACCUGACACCUACAAUCCCUGCUGGUUUAGUUAUUAGGAAAAGCCCACGGGGUUCUUAUUGCUGGACGUGAUAAACCAACCCAUGCUGUCACUGGCUUGGGACCAUGUUUUGAAGACUGUAAAGAAAGGGAUAUGUUACUGGCUGGGAUCUUUUAAUGAAUUUUGCGUGUGCUCUGUAUCAGGGCGCAGAAGGCAUGUACUCACUCACUCACACACACACACAUAUUCACAGUCAUGCACAUGAAUAUAGCCAUUGCCCUGGGGAAAAAAAAUAGGAGGGGGAUGAGGAAACUGGCCUUGUCAUGUGAGGGAACAGUAAUCCCAUUAUUCCCAAUAAUUCCCUCUCACCGCACACUUCAUCAUCUUUUAUCCUGCAAAAUCCACCACAGCUAAUCUGAGACAGGUUAUCUGAUAUUUUGUCUUUCAUCCAUCACACAGUUCACCCCUCCCACCUUUCAUUUUCUGAAAAUGUUCUAUGUUCGGAUAAGGUGUCUUACUGAACAUGGAAGAAGUGUACUGUAACCCUUUCUUCAGACGUCUGCUUUGAGUGUGUGCGUGCAUCUGUGACUGUGCGUGAAUUGUGAGAUAUUGAGUGAACAGCUAAGACAUGAGUGAACAUUUGUCUGUGUGUACUUGUGACAACUCAGAACCAACUCAAGGCCAGAAAUGCUGUGAACCAUCAUAGUGGGGUAGACACACAACUAGGUAUCUUUACUGUAUUCUCACAAGGCUCUUAAACUGUCUUCAUACCCUUCACCUCUUGAGAUCUGUAACCUCUUUAUGUGUCAGCAUCCCCUGAAUGUGUUAUCAUAUUUAAGGAUGACAUUAUGGUUGUAUUUGAUUUGGUAGAGCAUGUUGAAACUGGGUUAUACAGUAUGUAUUCUUUUGAUUUAAUUUGACUUUUAAUAGUAAGCGUUUCCAUUGGUGGAGAUGCCUACUCUUACUUAGUGUAUGCCAUUGGCUCUAUGAUUAAUGCCACUAAACUCAAUUAUUACAAAUGUGCACUAGCAAUUUAAAGUAUUAAUCUCUAACAAAACAUAGCAAAGGGACAGGUUUUGUUGUCUAAUGGUACAGUCCACGUGCACCUCAAUAUGAUAUAUUGUGCUGUAUAUAAAACAGAACAGGCAUGGAAAAGAAACAGACCCAUGUUAUGGGUUUCUUUUGCUGGGUCAGUGACCCAUGGAGCUGUGGGCAACACACCCACAUACGCACAAAAAAAACACACACAUCAAAAAUGUGUUUAUGCAUCACACUGACCACCGUGACAGAUCUGCAGGCAGACCGUGGUGUUGACACUGAUCAAGGUUUCUUAAACAGCAAAACACAGUCUUAUGUUUGACCAGGAAUGACACUCAGCCCAAGUGUCUAUUUCUGCUUUGCCAGAUAGUUCCUCAGUCUUCUUUUGGCCCGUCAGCAUGCUUGUCAGUUAUUUCUGCUUUGUCAGAAGUCUGUGUGACAGCUCAUCUUUUGUUUCGUGUUUUAAUUCGUCCUCCCAGCGUUGUGCAAAUUCCCACUUUGCCGUACUCUUCUCAUCUUGUCAUCUCGUACACCUCGCCGGCAGAACGCGUUCCCUCAACAAUUAAUAGAAGCCUUUGUGCUGAAAGGCGUCCAUGGAGGCUUGCUCGCAGACAUGCAGGGGUUAGGGUUUAGUGGAGCACAAGGAGAGACGCUGGGUAACACGACUGACUCUAGGAUGCAGUCUGAAGUAAAACCACGAGGGAAUGACGAGAUGGAGUCAAGCCGUCUUACUCAUCUUUACUAUGUGGGCAAUCUGUGUAAGCACUUUCUUUGUCUUCUGUCACGCAAAGCCUCCUGACUUUUCCUAAUGGCUACAUGCCAGAAGAAAGGCUUUAUUUUGAAAUAUUUCUGAGAUUAUUCUUGUUCGCCAACCCACACUUUGGAAAAUCUCCAUGACUUUGGUAGCAUGUAAAUAAGCAAAGAAAUAAGCUCACAUACUACAUUGAGUCAGUAAGAUGCCAGUUAUUAUCCUGUUAAUUUAAUUUUAAAUAUUUCUCCUCCAUUGUUUCUAUAUUUAUUUAACUUGGGCACAGAUAACCAAAGCUGAAAACACAAUAGAAAACUGAACUCAUUUCAUUGAGUGGACCUUGUUAAUAUUAGACCCCUCUUGUGUGUACAACCUAUUGUUUUGCAGAAGAUAGAGGUCCCCCUCGUUGGUGCUGGAGUGUAUUUGGCCUUCCACAUAGGAAGGAGGUUAUUGUUGAGCAAUACUGUAGCUGGAAUUAGGAGAGGAGGUGAAAUAUGACACACGGGGGGAAGACUCCCUUUACAUCCGGCCAGUUAGCUGCCCCCAUCCCCUCUCCUACAGAUGGCAGGCCAGCAUGCGCAUCAUUUUACCUCAGCCUGUCAACAGCCCUGUUGUUCUGAGCUUUGUGCGUGCAGACAAAAGGGACCUGAGAGAGCUGUGGGAGGCCAGUAUGGUUCAGCCUGUGGUGUGAGAAAUAAGCUGCAACGAGUAGCUGUCGUAGUAAAGAGGACCCGUGGUUUCACUUAGUCCUCUGAGUUCUUUUUUUUUCUUUUUUGCUGUUGUUUCUUGUGAUCUUUUAUUUGAAACCUUUGCUGUUAAAGUGAUGUGCCCUUUAUCACGCAGCGACAUUCAAAACAUAGAGCUGUAAACUUUGUUUAUCUGUACUUGCAUGUAGUAGGUUGAGCUAAAUCCUCUGUGUCACCUCUUGUCUACAGUUAUAAAAAAGUGCAAGCUACAGGUGUUUUUAUGAAUAUGACUGACAGUCAUCCAACAUCAGUAUGAGCCUAUGAGAAGGAUGUAAAAAAUAAUGUUGAAUCUUCUCUUUGUAAUGUUAAUCUCCUGUAUGCUGCACUUUUCUGUACCCAGAGCAAGGCCAGUCAAUCUCUCUUUCAAACUAGCAGCUAUAGUGUUUAACACAGGAUUGUUCUGUACUGUAUUCUUUAAAGUAUAUGCUCCCUUUUUCUCUACUCUCUGAAGUUCUUUUCAAGGGAGAAAAAGAAGUUACAGGUUUGAUGUUGAUGGUUUAAGCACAAGAAAGUGACACAUUGACGUGUGAGAGAAUCAGCAUUUUUCUUUAAAUGGAAUGAAUUGCUCUUGAAGUAUUACAAACCUUUAUGUAUGAAUCUUUUUUUUAAGUGCUGUCCUUUUAUUUGCAGAAAAGCAGCCCCAAAUGUUUUUUUUUUUUGCCUGACAAUGUGGAAAAAGCUGGGUUUGUUUUCCACAUAUACCUUUUUUUCAUUCUUACUGAAGGCCCAUUACAAUGCAUCAUUUGAUUUAAUUUGAUGAACAAAUGUUUUUUUCCCUCUUAUUUUUAUUCUAUUAUAUCUUUUACCUUGUUGUCCUUAAUUUUCACUCAUUGAUUCAUUUAUUUUAUGACUGUAGAGAUAAAAUAGUUUCUUUGCUGUAGUGAAACUGCUAUGAAUGUGAAUAUCUAUUGGAGAAAUAAAUGCAAUUGCAAUGCAACUUCA